GAGAUUAAAACCAUCUCUUUGUAUAAAAGUGUUCCUUAGUUCUUACUGAUACCCGCUGUUCAAUUUCAUGACUAUAACGUGCAUGACGAACGUUAUAUAAUACUUUUGUGCCGUUACAUAUCGCUAUUGUACCGUAAUAAAUCGUUAAAGCAAGUCAGGAGAAUUACAGUGAUAAAGCAUGUUUUUGCACCUCUUCGAAGUUUAUUUUUAACACGAACCCCCGACUUUUUUACAAAAUAAAUUAAGUGGAUGCCAGUGACGUCUAAGAAACAGUUUGAAACCAAAAUUUCACUGAAAAAAAUGGCAUUGUUAAAAAAUCAGGAAGAAAUUUAUUUUCAACUUUCAAGUUUAUUGGAACGAACAGACAUUGCAAGUUCUUCAUUUGUUUUGUCUAGUGUGGCAAUGAAGUGUGACGAAAAGCUGCUGGAGGAAUUCAUGAACGACAAACCAGAUGUCACUGAUAAAAACUUUCGAAUUUUUGUUCAAGCUCAUUUAUAUACUGCUUCAUUCUGGGGUUUUUUUGAUGUUGCUCACGCUCUUAUUCAACAAGGAGCAGAUGUUAACCACAAAAACACAUCAACUUUGUGGACACCACUCCAUGCUGCUUGCUUUCAAGAGCAUGAAAAAUUGAUUGUUCUUUUACUUGAAAGUGGAGCAAAUAUUUACUCACUUGACAAAGAUGGAAGAAGUUGUGUUGAUAUUGCAUCUGUAUCAAAUAAAGUGUGGAGCCAUUUUUCUGACCUGGGUUGUAAAAGAACACCUGAUGCUCUGUUAAUUAAGAAAGGCUUGCUGCAAAACUCAGUAAAUGUAAUGAAAGACAACUUCCAAAUGGAUCUUCAUACAAAGAGUGGCAUUAAACUGAUUGAGUAUACGCCACCCCAAUCUAGUCGGUUUAAGAAAUCUGUAAAUUCAUCCACAGAGAUGCAAGCUGCAUUAGGUGGAGAUGUGUUAGCUGGUAAUGAUAUUACACCAAGACAAAACACCUCAUCAUCUCGAUCUGUGUCAAAGUCUUCAAUGUCAAGCUUACUACAGUGGAAAUAAUAUUUCUGUACCUCAUAAUUAUUCAUCAAAGUCUCUACAAUGAUGAUGAUUCUUAAUUUUGAUGUACUAACAACCAGAAAUUUCAAAGACUAUAAAAUUCACUGUGUAUAUGUCAGCUUUUAAUGUUUUUAUUUUUUUUGUAUACACCUAUUUAUUGGUUGUUCGUCUUUUGCGUAACGUCAGCGGGUGCAUUCAUACGUCGGACGGUAUCGUAAUAUAUUCGUUCCAUGGCGCCCUCUAUGAUUCGUUCCGCUUAAUAUAUUUGUACCGGGCGAUAUUGCGUAUGCUCCGAGACGCUACGCAGGUCGAAGCAAAUACACUGACCAACCGGUGUCGCAGAAUUCUGGUUCCCCUAAAACUGCUUCGCAUUGGCUACUUAACUUAUUUUAUGAGAAAUCUAGAACUCUGCUUCCGAAUAAAAAUAACAGUUGUUAGAUGCGACAUAUCUUGUACAUUUUUUAAAGAUUUAUAUUCUUAAAAAAAGUUGUAACAUACGAUAUUUUAAAGUAUAUUGAGGCGUGUGAACACUACCGUUAAUACGUCAUCAACAACGAAAAGGGUGGCGAAACCUCUAUAUUUUUACAUAAAAUAAACUAUCUAAAAA